CCUGCGAUGAAACUUUUUUUUCUUCCAGGAAUGGCGUUGCAGAGAGGAACUCCAAAACAAACAACAAACGUGGACAAAACGGCAAAAGAGUGCGUGCUAUUUUUAGCCUUUCCAACCCGUGACGUCAUGAUUUAUUCAAUGGUCCAACUGGAUGUUAAGAAAUUUCUGAAAACAUCUGAUUGAUUGUGAAUCAUAUUCAUGGCUCAAGGCAGCUACAUCCUGAGAAAUGUGUCAGGACAAAGCACUGAAGAGUGUAUACCAAACUACCUUGGGAUCGACUACAGUUAUCCGUCAGACGUGGACUACCUAAAGUGUGCUGGCAGUUUCCAAAACAGCAUCACCAUUAAGCGUUUAAGCCUUAAGAGGAGGCCCAGAGUGGCCGUCAACAAUGUGGAAAAGACACAGAGUGGCAUCUCUCCGAGCCAGUGGCAUUCUGCAGAAUCAUUGUCGUCAUCCAGCAGCGAUGAUACCAGAAUGCUGGGAAUGUCGGCUACAACCAGGGGUCGACCUCCUCUUCCUCCACCACAUGGAUCCUCUUUGGAUUACAGACCCUCAAGGAACGAAGGACAGGUAUCUUCUCAGAUACUUACUGAGUCAAAGCCUCAGCCUGCUGCGAGAUCUCUUCAUUUACAAAGACAAAGCCCAGUGCUGGAAAAGACCAUCAUGGAAACCGAUAAUGCCUUGGAUCAGGAGCUGCCGGGCCGGUCUCCACCUCAGCCAUAUCCUCGUCGAAGACUGGCCAGCUUUGGAGGAGUGAGCUCACCUGGGUCUCUUUCCCCCUUCACUGGCCUGGGUGCAUAUAAUCAUAACAACAACGGUAACAAGCCUACUGGCACAGGAAGUGAUAUGCAGAUCCACCUUAGCUCGUCCAUGAGUGGUAGAGGCAGCACAGGAUGCCUCAGGAUAAGCCCACAGAGCUCUGGUAGAAGCACCCCGGUCACAAGUCUCGUCGGCCAAACGCACCUGCAGCUUGUCCGAGACCAGAUGGUGGUAGCUCUGCAGAGGCUGAAAGAGCUGGAGGAACAGGUGAAAAUCAUUCCCAUCCUGCAGGUGAAAAUAUCAGUCCUUCAGGAAGAAAAGAGGCUUCUGGUCUCUCAGCUCAAGAGUGAUAAUGAUGAGGACAUGAGCGAAGACAUCUGGAAAAGAGCAUAUAGCAUGGAAAGAUCAGAUACUGACAACAAGUUGAUUACAGAGAAAAGGCUGGACGGAAAAGCAGAAAGUGUCUGCACAGACUUCAGGGAGUCCAGGCAACUGACCAAAGAGAUGCAGGCAUUAGAAAAAAACAUCAAGGGUGGACAUUUGCAAGCAGGGCAUCGAAUUGGCCAUAGGCCUGUCCAGGACAGCGCUAUCAAGUCAGUCGCAGUCGGCCCUGAUAAGAUAGAUUUCACUUUGUCAAAGGAAAACAAAUAUGUACACACUGAUCAGGUGGAAAUGAGGUCCAUUGGAACAGAAGUUUCUGAAGUUAAUCUUGGAAUUUACACAGAACAGGAAGAAGAGCCCGACUCCCAACAACUGGUUAUUGGCUCCUUGCAGGAGAGGAUUUGUCUCUUGGAAGCAGAGUUGGAAGAAUCAGCUCUCCAGUCGGAGAUGAGCCGUCUGAAACUGGAGCUUCUGGCUGCAGGAGCUAGGAACAGAGUGGAUAAAGCCUCAUUAGCCAGGCCUUCCACUGUGAGCACAGGCACUGAGGCAAGGCCCGACACUACUAGCCAGGGAGUGGGUAAUCACACAGAGGUCCAAGAUGCCAGCACAGGGGAGGCAACAGAGGUAAAAACUGUGGGAGUAUCUUGUUGUGGGCCUGCACUAAAGAAUGUUUGCACAGGACCCGAUGUACCCAUGAGCAACUGGGAGGUAAGGGAGCGAGUUGAGACUAUGGAGAAAGGCGUUGGGAUCCAAGUUUUUACAAACACUCAAGGAGUUGGGAUGGAGAUCAGAUUUUGUGAUGCAGAAACAAACACAGAGGUGCCAGUAGAGAAUCUGUGGUCCGAGAAGAGACAGAUGAAGUAUCGUUCAGUGGCUUGUGGGGACUGUUCAGUCGACGUGAUCAUCUGCGAGGCUAAGGAAGUCGUUUCCCAAGGUAUUGCCACAGAUAAAGUCAGGGGAGUGGAUCUGGGAAUCAUGGCAUCACCUCAGACAACUUCUCAGCGUACCAACACCGUAUCCAGUUCAGUGUCUCGCUUCACCAACACCAGACAUGCCUUCAACGCAGACUCCAGCACUAAUACUGUCCUGAGUACCCAAGACAAGCACACCAAUACCACUCAGACUUUAACUAGGACAGUGUCCGUUGGCAACAGGGUCAAAGAUAUCAAAAGGAAUCCAGAGAUGCGCACAAUUGGUGUAGGAACUGCAAAUCUGCCAGAAGGUGCCUGCAAGCAAACACCAGGGACAGUCACCAAGGUUACCAGAGACACUGGUGUUGGAUUAGCAAACAUUAAUGAUAAUUUCCUUGUUGGGCUGAAAACAAGAAACAUGGCUUCUGGACCAUCCCAUCUACCUGACCCCAUCAAGACGAGGAGCGUCGGUGUAGGGGAGGGGAGGAUACGAGAGUUUUCAGUUUCAUCAAGUAAACUUGAUCAGAUGUCUUCUCAGCCCAAGUGGGAACCAGAGCUGAACCAUUACAUUGAGAAGAUGCAGUGGCUCCUCAGGGAGCACGGAGACCUCCUCACAGAAGACUACACUCCGCGGACUGAAGGGUUGGUCCAGCAGCAUUGUAGCCAAGAAAGCACAAGUUCCAAGCUGCCCUGCGUUAACAAAACUGCAGCAAAAGGUGGACCAGGAGUCCAUACUUUACAUGAUCAGCCAUCAGUCGACAGAGGCCGUGAAUCUCAACUUACAGCCGAGUCUUCUGAGUGUGACAGAGCAAACAAAGAAAUGUGCCAACAAGAUGGACAUGAUGUCAAACGAAUGAUACAGAUGUUAGAACAACAGGCCUCCUCAGCUCUGCAAGAUAGGUCAACUACUGUUGGUGCGCCGCGACCUGUAAGGAAGAAGUCAAAUGGAGAUCAAGGCUGUAGCAGCAACAGGAAGAACAUGAAGUUUAUGAGGGUUACCACUGGAUUGGAUCCUGUGUCAUCCUACGAGCUUUCUGCCAGCGAGCGGACCAACUCUGAGGAAGUUGAAAGGAGGGGAAACAGAAAAUCAAAGGAAGCUUCUCAAGAUGGAACGCCUUCAAAGAAGGGCAAAAGUGGCUCCAGCAGGGGAUCAAAAGGGUCUACCAGACUGCAAAUACAACAAAGGUCCAAAUUAAGCGAGAAGAUGUUUUUCGCUUGUCAAGCCUUAAAGAAGCACCUGAGUGAUGAGACGACUCUUUCCAGCACACAACUGUAUGAUUGUCUACAAAUCCUGCAGCAGGAUUGGUUCUCCGUGUCCAGCAACAAGUCAGCCUCUCCCGACACUGUGGAGGAUUACUUGUCAACGUUUCGGGUCAUUGCACCCUCGGUGUUGCAGCACAUAUCCAACAUGGCCGACGGCAACGGCAACACAGCUCUGCACUACAGUGUGUCUCACUCCAACUUUGGCAUCGUCAAGAAACUGCUUGAUGCAGACGUGUGUAACGUGAAUCAGCAGAACAAAGCGGGUUACACGCCCAUCAUGCUGGCGGCUCUCGCGGCUGUGGAGAGUCCAGAGGACAUGAGAGUAGUGGAGCAGCUCUUCACUAAAGGAGACGUCAAUGCAAAGGCCAGCCAGGCGGGUCAGACGGCUCUGAUGCUGGCUGUGAGUCACGGCAGGAUGGACAUGGUGCAGGCGCUGCUGGCACAGGGGGCGGAGGUAAACCUGCAGGACGACGAGGGCUCCACGGCGCUGAUGUGUGCCAGCGAGCACGGCCACGCUGAGAUCGUCAGACUCCUGCUGGCACAGCCCGACUGUGAUGCCACGCUGACUGACAGUGAUGAAAGCACAGCGCUGUCCAUCGCUCUGGAGGCGGGACAUCAUGACAUCGCAGUGCUCCUUUAUGCACAUGCUAACUUCUGCAAAGGACAGACAGGGGCAGCUGCUCGUCACAGGUCUCUGUCCUCGUCUAGUGGGAGAAAUAACUCUGAAUGAGCUGAAGACCCACAGCCUGAACGUUUGCUUCAAGGCUUUUACUCAUGAGGUGACUCAAUAGCAAAGCCUGAAAACGACAGGAAGAAUUUUAAAGGAACACAUUUCAAAGAUUUUGUAAUUCAGACAGCAGGCAUUUAAGAGGAGCUUUAGCACAACAUUACAUAAAGUGUGCAUGUCAUACUGUGUUCAUUUUCUGUAUCCAGCAGUAACAUAUGCACAAUCGCUUCUUAUCAUUUUUAUAAUAUUUAUAAAUCAAUAUUAAUAACUGCAAAAAAAUGAAGAAAAUACAGAACAGUCUACAUCACAGUAGAGUCACACGCAGAGAUAAUCAGUAGGUAACUAUGAUGUCAUUAAAAGCUAUUAAUAGAAGGUAAAUAAGAUUUUUUUAAGGAUGUUUUUAUUUUAAGUUUAUAGUUUUGUCAUAUCAACACCUUCCUUACUAAACGAGUUUUGAUGCAUGGUAUAUAUUUCAAACUUCUUUUUUUUUUCAUUUGUAGUGAUCUCAAAUUUUUCUAAGAUGAAUGAAAAGUGUUUUUGAUGACGCAACAUAAAGGACGAUUUCAACCUUUGGCGAAA